CAGCCAUGGCGGCCGCUGGCCUGCCUGAAUUCGACCUCUCGCAAAUAAAAACGCGCUCCGUAGAACGAACUCUACUACCACUCAUCAAACAGAUUAGUAGUUUGGUGGCGACACGAGCUGACGCGUCCGGCGCUGCAGUGCAGCGGGUGGGCGCAGCCGUGUGCUGCGCGGUCGAGCGCUUCGUGGCCGUGGGAGAGACCAUCGCGGACGACAACCCCGACGUACGCCACAGCAUGGUCCUGGCGUGUAAGGAGGCGCGAGCCGCAGGUCGUGCGAUCGAGCGGGUGUGUGCGGGCGCGGACGGCGCGGGCAUGGUGUCGGCGGCGCGGGCGCUGCUAGCGGCGGUGACGCGCGUGCUGUUGCUCGCCGACAUGGUGGUCGUGCGGCAGCUGCUGCUCGCUAAGGACAAGGUGGCGCGCUCGCUGGACCGCCUCGAGUCGGUCUCCAACUUCGCGGAGUUUGUCCGGGCCUUCACGGAGUUCGGCGGAGGCAUGGUGGAGCUGGCCAGGCUGACGGCGGAGCGGAGAGCGGACCUGAGAGACGAGCGGCGGAGGGCGCAGGUCGCCGCCGCGAGGAACGUGCUGGAACGAUCUACGCUUAUGCUACUUACCUCAUCCAAAACUUGCCUUAGGCACCCCGGGAGUGCCAGCGCGCGGGAGAACCGUGACACCGUGUUCUGCCAAAUGCGGCGAGCCAUGGACCUCAUACAUUAUGUGGUCCGCGACGGGCUGCCCGGUCACGACGACCACUCACAAGAGUGGACCUUGAAUACAUCUAAAAAGGAAAACCAGCAGGCUGCGCAAUGGGAAGCAGGGACGGCGUUAGGCUCGCUCCGGGGGCUGACGUCACAAGUCCGCGCGGCGCGCGCGCGAGGCGGCGCGGACGCACCGCGGAGGCGCGCGCUCGCCUCCACGCUGCGCGCGCUGGUCGAGCGCACGCACGACUUCACAGACUCCGCCUACACGUCGCACAACCACCGGCAGCGGAUACUGGCGCUCGCCGAGCGGAUAGCGUACGAGCUGGAGAGGCUCGUCGCCGUUGCUGUCUCAAUGGAGGAGCAAGGCGCGACGGGCAGCGGCGCGGCGCUAGAGAGUGCGAGCGUGGGCGCUGCGAGCGCGGCGGCCGAGCUCGAGCGAGCGCUUGUGGAGGCGGCGCGGGACCAGGCGCGCGACCUGGGCCCGCUCGCCGACGACGCGAGGAGGCUCGCCUCCGACCUUGCACACAUAGCUAGUUCCUGUGGUGAGAGAGAAUCAGAGAGACUGCACAAUAUAGCCAGCCGGCUCCACGAACAAUUAGAUCACAUAAUAGAGGUAUGCAAAUUACUUAGACACAUAGCAAUGUCGGAGACGUUGCAAGUGAGUGCGAAGUUUGCGGAGAUCAAUCUCAGGAUAUACGGGCCGCAAGUGGUGACGGCUGCGCGGACGUUGGCUGCACACCCAGGUAGUGCAGCGGCGCGGGAGAACCUCGACGUGUUUGUGGACAUGUGGGCGUGGCUACUAUCGGACGCGGCGCGGCUAGCGCGCGAGCUGCUCGACCUCACGGGCGAGCGGCAAGAUAAGCAGCAGUACAGCAGUCUGCCUAGGCCAGGGAAACAUGGAACGACGAGUAAACCGUUAAAAGCGGUUAAAUUAGACUCCGAGGAGCAAGCGAAAAUCGCCAAGUCAGGGCUGGAGAUGAAAAUGAUGUCGUCAGAAAUGGACGCGGAGACUGAGAAGUGGCAGGGGGCUGCUGCCGACGAGAACAACGAUAUUGUGAAGAGGGCGAAAAAUAUGUCUUCCAUGGCCUUCGCUAUGUAUCAGUUUACAAAAGGCGAGGGCCGUUUAAACACUACCCAAGACCUCUUCACGCAAGCGGAGUACUUCGCGGAGGAAGCGAAUAGACUGUAUAAAAUAAUACGACAAUUUUCUUACCAGGUACCAGCAGGUACAACGAAAAAAGAAUUGUUAGAACAACUAGAUAAAGUCCCAACGUACGUGCAGCAGCUACAAUUUACAGUGAAAGAGCCGACGGUGGGCCGCGCAGCCACUUUCAGUAAGGUCGACAACGUCAUCCAGGAAACUAAACACCUUAUGAACGUCAUAAGUAAAGUCGUCACUACAUGUUUCGACUGCGCCAACAAGUACAAGCUGGACUUCACGGGGCUGUCGGCGGGCGAGGCGGCGCGCGGGCGCGGGCCGGCGCGCGAGGAGGAGGCGGCGGGCGGCGGCGGCGGCGACGCCAAGCCGGGGGGCAGCUCGGGCGACACGGCCAUGUGACAGUACGGCAUGGGCCGGCGCGGCAAGGGCGACGCGCGCCGGACCAGGGUCAGCUUCCUCUUGUUUUAAAGACUGCGUCUCUAAAACGAACGUCGCCUACGGUCGGCCGGAUCGCUCUCUUGCGGUCGCAUCGCUCUCGUGACGCGUGAACCGAUGAUCGGAUUUUCAUGUCGGUGAUGAAUAGCGCCACGUAGAUAUCUCCCUCGAAAUUUUACAUUCGCAAUGUUCGUAUUCGUAGUCGUUUUUCGCUAGAUACUAUUUCUAAUACACUCUAUUAUAGUAUUUUCUGAUAUCUUUGAAAUUUAAAGAAUAGAUAAAAAGUCUCUAUUUUGUAAAACGCUUCAACUGGAUCGCUGGAAAUCCGGCCGAGUGAUGAUAGAGAGAAUCGAGUUUAUUAUUAGUCGUACAACGAAAUAUAACGAAGCGAUGCGUCCGUAAUAUUGUUCGUAUCCUGAAAGAUCACAUGGAUCGGCGUCUACUGUCGAUUAAGCCCGGUAGCGCUGUAUGCAUGUGAUUUUACACUCCGACUCUGAAGGCCGUCAACCGUUUCACAGUGUAGUCGAUACGAGCUGUUAUCGCGGCUGUUCGAUGGUUGGUGGCUACACCUAAUAUAAGAUGGACAGUACGAUAAAUUUAAAGUAUAAUACUGAAGUAAGUUUUGGCUAAUCACUUGCGACACACAAGCGCGCCCUCUCGAGGACUUGAGGUCUACUUUCUUCUAGAUAAACUAGGUAGUUAGUACAUAGCGACAAGUAGGUAGCGAGCGCGCGGUCGCGACGCAUUUGGCUGUGCAAAAAUAAUAAUCUACUAAGUAUUGUGUUCUACAGCAAUUUCUAACUGUAUUCGUAGACUAGGGAUCAGGCAUUAAAGAUAUCGACAUUACAUGCAGUUGUUACAAUCGUUACGAAUUUUAUCUUUAUUACUAUUUUGUGAUCGGUAAGAGAAGAGUGAAAUCGUACAAUAAAUACUUGUUAACUACACACUCAUAAAUAAUGUUACACUACCUAGUUAAAUAAAAUACGUACGUAUACAAUAACACAGAAUAAUAAGUACAAAGUAUUUCCUAUUUCUUUAUGUUUCCCUUUCUUAAGCUUCUAUGUACCUACCUUUCUUAUACCUUUUAUCAACCUACUUGUAUUUAAUCUAUGGUCACUUUCCUAUAUAUAUAUUACCUCACACCCCGGAUUGUUUGUCUUUAAGCUAUUUGUCUCUCCUACUUGCACCCUUCUGCACCUUCCGUGGUCCUGUUGCACUUUUUAUUAUUUAUGCACGUUUGGCUUCCUUCAUUACUUUGGCAUCAGAUCAGAAUCAGACGCUAUUCUUAACAUCACGUCAAUGAAUAUUUACAUCUUCAGAACGACACAGCGUCACUCGCAUUCGAUGUUUACGCAUUACUAGAAGUUUCUCUUUCAACGAGUUCGUGUACAUACGUAGGUAUUAGUCCGGUUGAUGUCUUCAAUACUGCGUCGUCCGGAUGGCGACAUUUGCAUGAUUGUGAAAAGGAUCAAAUAGAUGUGUGUUGCAUGUGUGUACGUGAUUAUUGUAUUGAAUGUCGUACUUCAUCUUUCCGACGGGGGAUGUUAAGUAAUAAGAUAAGGGAACUUGACUCUGGUUGCUAACAAGCAGCACCUACGUCGCCGAAACGCAUGGUGUUAUAUAGACCUGGUCUGCGCAGGUGGCAGCACGCGCUGCAUGCUAAGGCACAUAAUACACGUGGACGCAUCUUUGUGCUUGCCAAACCAAUUUACUGCGUGACUUUCAUUCCCAGUAUGCCGUGUGUUCUGUGCCCGAGCUGACACCAUAUCGCCGGCAUGAUGCCACAGACCAUAUCCGCAUUGUCGCUAAUUAUAUUUAAUAUAUCGUUACGGCAAUAAUCAACAUAUCAAUUUAAUUAGAUUUAUCGAUUGUUACCCAAAAACGACGGGGUCGUUAUUUAGUAUUUAGGUAUUUUUGGGGGCUAGAUUACAAUAGCCGGUACCAAAGCGUCAGACUAUUCAUUGGAUAAGUAAUAUAUUUCCUGUAGUAGGUGCUGGCUAUGCUUACAAUAAAUGUGUAUAUAUUUUUGAAGAGCCAUUGCUAAUAGUGCACGAUCGGCCUAUGUUUCGAAGCGUUUAGUUUAGGAUAGGCGUCGAUGUGAUUGUCUCGCCAUAUCACGUUACGAGUGUUGCCAUCUGUCAAUUAUUAUGGAGGGAGUAGUGUACAUGCUUUCUGAUAGCUCUCGCCUCUCCGUGCUCUCACCUGUCCACGGUCUAUAUAACACUUCGCAUGUUUCAUACACCUAUUUUUAGCAUUUACUCUUUAAUUCUACGUGAAUGAUGUCGGCUUUCUAUAAUUUUUAAUUAUAUAAUAGUAGGUACCUAUUAUAUUAUUGUUAAACUGUAACUUAAACGACUACUCUUAAAUCUUAUUGCCUUCAAAAAUAAUUUUACCGUUAUGUACUUACUAGACUCCUGUUAAGAUACUUAAAGCUCUGAAAUUAGGAUAGUGAUAUGCUAACAAUAUUCGAGUUAAUGUAAAGAGCUUGACAAAGCUUUAUAAUAAAGAGUUGUGAAUCGAACUUGUGGCCACGUAUCUAGAUUCAAAGAUUAGUAUAAGGCGAGCCGUACUGCCUGAUGCGACGAUCGGAUGGUUGUCUUUUGUCCUCUAGUUCUAUGUAGCGUCUAACUCAAAAGCAUAGAUGCCUAUGUGCGGUCACAUUUUGUGCACAUUCCAUGAAUGUGCUAUGAGGUUUAUGAUCCCAAUUGUUCUAAACACGAGCGUUUCAAUUGUGUACAGUAACUAACUUUAUACAAGUAUGUUUAUUAGCAUUUCAAGAUUUAAAAAAAAGGACAUUUAAAAAAAAUACGUAGUUAUCUAAAUGCCACUAGCUAUGACACGCUCAGCAUUUAUACAUAUCGAAAUUCGAGCGUGUAUCUUGAGACAUCUAAUACCUAUCUACGUCUAACUGUUGCGGUUAAGUGCUAGAUGGGCAGAGGCAAUUUCUUCAUAUUCGCAUCUGGCCAGUGCCCUCGCGAGCCGCUUUGACUGUUCAGUAAUUACGUACAUAAUAUAAGAGUUCACCGCGAGCCGUGAACUAUGAUAUAGGUAAAUAGUACACUUAGGUAUCCAGCUAGCGACAUUAUAAUAGGUAUCAUACGUGCUAUUACUUCGGAACUAUAGCCAUUAUCGAUAAACUCUACGCCCUCGUAAGUGGAAAUAAUACCAUAGCCAAUCAUGUAAAAAAGAUUGCGUUUUAUUAUCGCAGUAAAUCGCGCUGUGCCCUCUUCUUAUAUCACAGCGCCUUCAAUUUAUUAUGACGAAUGAGCGCAAGUACAUUAAGGGCCACUUGCACCAACGAAAAUGGAGGAUUAACCCGAGGGUUAACCCACCAUUUUAUAUGGAAUUUGACAGUUGACAGCCCACUAACCCUGAGUUAAGUGGUUGGUGCAAGUGGGCCUAAUGUAUUAGACUCAAUCUGGCUAAACUGACGCCAUCUCACAACAACAAUGAAGACGUAACAAUUAUUAUAUUUAGGUACUUGGCGCUGGUAUUAAACAAAAUAUACCUAAUGAAGUGACCAAAUUCACCACGGCAAUC